AUGGAGCAUGGUUGGAAACUACGUAAAAAAGCACCUCAAAUACCAACCAAGCUCAUCACUUGGAAAGAAGUUUUCCCAUUUGCAAUUUGGGCAAUUUGGAGAAAUAAAAAUGAUAAUAAUGUAAACAACACCAAUCUUUCUAUUAACACAAUGAAGGUCUUUCAACAAACACUAGAAUAUCACUUGCUCACAUCUAAGCCCACUACUAGUAAUAUUCCAAUUAAGAUAAAGGUAAAAUGGCACUCCCCCUCCUCCAAGAAACUGGUACAAGUUCUCAACUUUGAUGGAGCCCUCAACAAUAGCUGUCUACAUGGAGGAAUCAGUGGAAUAAUACGCAACAACAAAGGAGAAUGGAUAUUGGGAUACUACAAAAAGUGUCCAAUAAUAUCUCCUAUCCAGGUUGAACUCCUAGCACUACGACAUGCACUUCAAACGAUUAUCAAGGAAAAUAUUGUCCCAUGUGAACUAGAAAUAGAUGCCACAGAGGUGAUUCGAUUUCUCGAAGAAAAUUAUUCUACUUACAGUGCUUUACGUCAUGAAUGCAAGUGGUUAAUGGGGAAGACAAUGUAG